GGGAGUGAGUCUGGCUAACACAAAUAAUUGUUUAAGGAAUCAUCUGAGAUUGCUUGUUUCUCUCGCGAUAUGUGGCAACCCAAGUGAGCAGCCAGUCUUCUGUCAGCCCGUGAGGAGGAUCCAGGGAACAGUCAGACAGACUGGUGGUCUUCUGUCAUCAGCGGAAAUGUUCAAAACAGAGAAACUAAAAGCUUUGGUCAAUGAGCGACUGAAAGCCGCCGCUGAGGACAUAUUCAGCAUCUUUGAAACAACUAUUAAAGACUAUGAGGAGAUAGUUUUUCGUUCAAAACAGGAGGUCGACCAACAACGAAGAAGGCUGGCCGGGUGGAAAGCCCCCCUGCAGCUCUCUGUCCAGGAAGAGGAGGCUCCCUCUGAGCAGUAUCACUGUGAGAAGAAGACUGACCUGUGUGAGGAUGACCAGGAGCCCCCGCAGAUUAAAGAAGAGCAGGAGGAGGAACUGUGGACCACUCAGGCAGGGGAAAAGCAGCAAGAAGAGGUUGAUACCAAAGACGCAAUGUUCAAUAUAAUUUAUGUGCAAAGGAAUGAUGGCGAUUUGCCCAGCAGAUCAUGUGAACAGUUGAAAUCAGAACCUGAUGAAGAAGGCUGUGGUGCAUCAGAGCCAACCAGUGACUGUCAGAUGAGUGAAGUUAGUGACUGUGAAUGGAGAGACAGUGGAGGAUUUCACUCAGGUGUAAACAGGAAGAAACCACAGCAAGCUGGUGAGACAGCAGACAGGCCGUACACCUGCAGCAUAUGCAACAAGAAUUUCAGAAUUAAAUCCAUUCUGACUCGCCACAUGAAGACACACACAGGAGAGAAACCUUACAGUUGCGGUGUUUGCGGUAAAAGUUUCAUCCAGCGCUCAUAUCUGCAGACUCACAUGAACUCUCACUCCGGACAGAAACCGUACACGUGUAGUUUCUGUGGCAGAGGGUUCACACAAGUUGGAAACAUGAACGCCCACAUUCGAAUCCACACGGGAGAGAAGCCUCACAUCUGUACUGACUGUGGAAAAAGUUUUAGAGAGAAAGCGGAUCUCAUUAAGCACACAAUAAUUCACACUGGUGAGAAACCUUACAUUUGCAUUGUAUGUAAUAUGAAAUUCAGUGCUCAGUCUAAUUUAACACGCCACAUUAAGACUCAUUCAGGGGAGAGGCCAUAUAGUUGCACUGCUUGUGGAAAAAGAUUCAUUCGGCGCUCCCAUUUAAUUAUUCAUAUGAAGACUCACGCAGAGAAUCUCUAGACUGGUGAAAUUAUUAUAUUCGCUCCGUUAUUUAUUUGAUAAAUUCCUAGGUAGAAUGGACAAAGCAAAUGUAUAAAAUAAAACCCCAUUUUUUCUAUGAGUUGUUGCUAUAUAGUUUUGCUGUAUUAUACUCAGCAAGUUGUAAUAGUGUAUGUUUCUCCUGGUGACAUUAAAUAAAGCAAGGGGGCAUUAUUAUGUCCUCAAAAAUCAUCAC